AUGGAUAACUCGCGUGUGAGUGCCUUCAAAGGCGGCUACAGCGAGAACGUCAGAAGGACCGUGGACAGCAUUGAACUUCCAGAGUGGCUCACUUGCUGUCUGUGCGGAAUCCGCCAAUCAAAGGCAUGGUAUUCGAAAGCUUCACUUGCGGCUCUUCGACAGAGAGUCUAUCGAGAGGGAAACCAAAUCUUGAUUUCGAAUCCGGCAGGUCUCAUCCGUUGCUGUGAUUGCUCGACCAAUCCGGGGCAGGCAGAGCGCAGAUGCAAGAUCUGUGCCGAGCUCAAGAGUCUCGAUUCCUUUGCGCGAAAUCAGCGCCAGUAUGCGGAGCCAGACUUCAUGAUGAACAACGACCACGAGUUUCAUGAACGUGAACGCCAGCGUGGUAGCCAGCGGAUCGAGGAGAAUCUCGGUGCAGAUCGAGCGAUCGAGGGACCUCCCCCUGCACCCCGACGCCGACUUGCUCUUCCUGUUGGUGAAAAUGACAACGAGAGUGGCUUUCCCUCUGAGCCAUCGGCAGUUCCUCAACCUGGGCUCAUGCAUCAGAAUGCACUCGGUACAAAGAGUGUUUCCGCACAGACUUCGACAAGUGAACGAACAUAUGAGACUGCUUCCAAUCGGGCUACGGCACCUCACCUUCCACGGGCAGAGGCCGACGACGAGAUCCGAUCUACCACAAGUUCUACUUUGGUCUCGAAUGAUGGAUUUCUGCUUGCCCCCGAAUAUGGCUCUGACGAUGAUACCAUUGCCCCACGAGCCGAGCGAAGUCGAACCGGGUGGUCAAAAAUCCGACCGAACCGUCAUCGCCGAGGCCACCCUGAGUAA